AUGGACGUAUUCGGAAGACAACUACCCCAUCCGGGCGAAGUCACAUUGGAGACCCAUCAAUUGCCACCUGGCCGUCAACGAACUUCUUUUCAAAACCACACGCUUCCCCGCCCCAUAAAUCCUCAAAAUCAUAAUUUAAACCCUGACGGGUUACAAAUAGAGUAUCUUGGCUUCGAGGGACUGCGCGAUUUCGCAGAGUUCUGCUAUCAUCUCCACCUGGAUCACAUCGAUUAUUCCAGAGACGACUAUAGCGACAACUUUGAGGAUGUCAUGGAGCGCCUAGAAGAAUUUACGGACGACAUCGAUGCCUUCUUGAAAAAUGCUAGAUGUAAGGAGGCAGACCAGUUACGAUCAUAUCUGAGAAGGAUGAGGCAAGCACCGACUUGCAAUCCUUUCGCUGGACCACUGGAGGAGGCUAUCAUAGCGUUGUAUCUGGAUGGAUGUCAGGGUAUAGUGGGUCGGGUGGCUACAGGGGUCUGUCUACGACUAUAUAAGAGGCGCGAAGCGCCCUCGUCAGAGGAUAGAAGGCCAGACGUUACUAGUUCAAUAAAUCUAUUACUUGGUCUACCUACCCUCGACACUGACUUUGUGUAUAACUAA